AGGAGGGGAGGGGAUGGGAUGGGAUCCUCCUCCUGCCUGUCACAGCCUGUGCCUGUCCCCUCCUCCUGCCCGUCCCCGCCUCCUCCCUGUCCCCGCCCGCUGCCGCCGUCCCGCCGACCAUGCCGCUGGAUCACCGCCGCCUGUGCGGCCCGGAGGAGUCGCAGCCGCCCUCUCUGUGGGCAGCGCUCGCGGCCGAGGAUGAGGACGAGGAGGGCGCGGGGGCCGCGCCGCGGGACCCCUGCUCCCUGCGGCCGCUGUUCGCGCGGGCCGGGCUGCUGAGCCAGGCUCAGGGCUCGGCCUACGUGGAGCUGGGCAGCGGCACCAAGGUGCUCUGCGCCGCCUGGGGCCCGCGGGAGGCGGCCGAGCCCGGGCCGGGCCGGCUGCUGUGCGAGUUCCGCCGGGCGCCCUUCGCGGGCCGCGGGGCUCGGGGCCGGCCGGGCGGGCUGGCGGAGCGGGAGGCGGAGCGGGAGGCGGCGGCGGCGCUGCGGGAGGCGCUGGAGCCGGCGGUGCGGCUGGGCCGGUACCCGCGGGCCCGCCUGGCCGUCAGCGCGCUGCUGCUGCAGGACGGCGGCUCGGCCCUGGCCGCCGCCGUCAGCGCCGCCGCCCUGGCGCUGGCGGACGCCGGCGUGGAGAUGUACGACCUGGCCGUGGGCUGCGCGCUCUGCCGCCCGCCCGCCGCCACAGCCGCCGCCUGGAUGCUGCAGCCCGCGGAGCCCGAGGAGCGCCGCGCCGCCGCCCGCCUCACGCUCGCCCUGCUGCCCGCCCUCAACCAGGUGUCGGCCGUGCUGGGCGGCGGCCAGGGCGGCCCCCCCGAGGACUGGGCGCAGGCCCUGCGGCUCGGCCUCGACGGCUGCCACCGGCAGUACCCGGUGCUGCGGCAGAGCCUCCUGCGGGCCGCCCAGCGCCGCGAUGCCGCCGCUGCCGCCGCCGCCGCUGCCUCUGUGGCCUGAGCGCCCGCGGGACCCGGGUGCCCCGGUCUGGGGAUGGGAUCGUCUCCCAGAGCCCGUCCAAGCUGCCUUCGGUGCUGCCAGAGACCCCUGGAGCCUGCCUGAUCCGCGCCUCGCUGUUGGGGAUUGAAAUAAGUUUGCUUUUAGAACAUUAGAAGUUUAUUAAGUUUAAUUCUAACUACUGGAGACCACCACGGACCCAGCUUGUUCCACACCUCAUGCUGCCAGAGACCACGGACCCAGCCUGUUCCAUGCCUCGUGCUGCUGGAGACCCCAUGAGCCAACCCUCGUGCUGCUGGAGACCCCCUGCUCUCACACAGCUGAAGGCCCAAGAACUCUGGUGAAGGACACUGGUGUCUACACCCCCCACACCACUGGAGAGCCCCCCAAAAGCAUAUUGCUGUGUGGCAGACAUUCCUAACUGGCACCACAGGGCCCAAACAGCCUGGCGUGCUGCUGGAGCCCCCAAAAACAGCCUCCAUACUGUCUCAGCAGCCAGAGCCUGCCUGAGACUUCCCUUCAAGCAGCUGCUGGCACUGCAGGACCCCCAUGUCUCACCAUGGGGUGGCCCCGGCACCAGGCUGAGACCCUCACACCGAGCUCCCCACCACAACCAUCUGUGCAGGCAGGGUUCAGUCACCCCUGGGCAGGAACCACACCGUGGCAUGGACUGCACAUCCCUUGGGCCUCCUGCCCAGGCAGUGCUUCAGGGCAGCAGAGUUGUGUUUUGUUGGCUUUUUUUCAUAGUAAUAAAUCAUUUGUUUUCUGGUGA